AUGGACAUGACGACAAGCCCCGACGGGCCGGCAUGGUACUUUGGGUACGGAGCCAACAUGGCUGCGUCAGUCUUCAUCGAGAGGCGCAAAAUCCGGCCGCUGCGCACUGAAGUGGCUUACAUCCCGUCUCACGCACUGUGCUUCAAUGUACUCGGCAUACCUUACGUCGACCCUGGCAACGGCGGAAUACGGCCCCUCUGUCCGGAAACCACCGACCCAACGGCUUGCGUGCAUGGAGUUGCUUACCUCCUUACCCCGGAAGAUCUCAAAAAAGUGGUAUUGAGCGAAGGAAUGAAGCAGCAUCAGCUUGGCUAA